GAACUGGGCCGGAAGGGCACAGGAUUUCUCCGAAAGGAAGAUGUGGCCGAUCUGGUGGACGAGGAGGAGGAGGAGGACGAGCCUGGGUCUCCGGAGGCUGGACGGAGAAAGGUUGGCUUCGAAAAGCCGGCAGAAGAGGCUCAAACAGAACGGGAGGGAAAGCCCGUGGCUCGCAAGGGCACCGGCUUCGUGAAUGUGGGCGAUCUUCCAUCGGAUGACGAGGAAGAUGGUGCGCGAACACAUGUGGUCUUCGAUCCCUCGACGCAGGCCGGCACAGAUGCAGGGCCGGCAGUUCGCAGGGGCACGGGCUUCGUGAGUGCGGCUGACCUACCCUCGGACGAGGAGGAGGAGCCUGACUCCCAAAGGCAUGUGGCCUUCGAUCCCUCAUCGCAGGCUGGCACAGAUGCUGGGCCAGCAGUGCGGCGCGGCACCGGUUUCGUCGGCAUGGCAGAGUUGCCUUCGGAUGAUGAGGAGGACGACGAGCCUGCAGGACACCGCGUGGCCUUUGACCCCGGCACACAGGAGGGCAGCGGCGGGCUUGUGGCUCGCGUGAAAACGGGUGCUGUCACGACGCGCACGGAGGGGCCCGACUCACCGCAGGGCCACGGACGUCUCCAGGUCAACAAGCAGAAGACCAGUCGCUUGGCAUCGGGUGACCUGGCGCAGCUCUCCUCCGACGAAGAGGUAGAUGCGACUGGUGAGCUCGCGCCGGCAGGGCCUGUAGGCAAUCUCGAGGAUGAGAAGCCGGAAAUCCCGGCGACGAGCACGAAGGCCGGCACUGAAGUCGAGCCUACGAUCCUCAACAACAUCGAAGGCGAAGGGCAGAAUGACGAGGUGCAAGGCGAGAAGCCAAUGAGCCAGCCAUCAGAUGCGAAGGCACGGAAUCAGAGAUCCUUUGUUCAUCACAGGACAAGUGUCCACACCUGUGAGAAUAAGCUGCUUCAGCGAAACAGAACUGACCCAGAACUUCAGAAGCUGCACAUAUCUUCCGCGGAUGGUGAGGCGUAUUGGGAACCCCCCCUGACCUGGGGAACCCCACUUCUUGCACUCCUUUGCAAGCUGCCAGACUUUUACUCUCAGCCUACUCGUAGUGCCUCGCUUCGGUAG